AUCAGGUUGUCCGGCGUCUCGGAGAGCUACAAUACGGUCGCCAUUGCGAUGAAUGGGUCUUGAGAGCCCGAAUUGGACGACAACGUAGAGUCAGGGAAUCGAGGCGAUCGACGGUUGAGAGCCUAUCUCCUCUGGGGAAUGAUGUAGUGGAGAGCCAUUUCGUCGUGAGCGAUGGUUUCUUCCUCAGCCACCUCCAUCCUGUUGUUCCUCUUCCUCCUGAUACCACCUAUUUCUCAUCCUCCUGCAAUCCUCUCUCUCGCCCAUAUUUUCGAUAACACAACCUACUUCACUGCAGCACGACCCGGUUAUCGACAUCAGUACGGUGUUGAGUUCACCUACCUGAACAAGGAACCCGCUGACAAUGACGACCGGCAGUCUCGCCGCCUAGCGACGAUCUUCCGUGCCUGUUGUCGUUACAGCAUGGUGUCCCGAAUCGAGUCGAGUUGCACAGAUCCGCCUAUGAUCCACCAAGCGUUGUGCAAGGUCUGGUUCCACCGCGCAGAGGCUCAAAGACUGGCGCUCGACAGGAUGCCACAGGACUGCCGGGGUACGUCGGAUACCUCCACCGUUCAAUGCAAAGGGGCUUCCAUAUUGUCACUGCGCCUGACCGUAGCGGCAUUGACGGCGCCUUCUCCAAGCUGUUCGCCAUCCAAAACGGCGGCAUCUCCAACCUCUCCACCGUUGUUCAGCGCCAUCGAUACUAUCGCGCCAUCGGUAACCCAUGGCAGGUUGUGCGAGCCUCUCUUAGGGGUCCGCUAUAUUCUUUUAGAUCCCACUAACGAGCUCAUACUAAUCGUAGGGAAUGCUGCCAUCCGUAGGGAAUAAGGGAUCCAACGCCAUCUAUACCAAGGUGAAUCGGAUGGGUGCCAGUGAGAAGGUCGACGACAUCAACAAACCAAAUGGUCGACCGCAUAUAACAGGUG